GAAAUAAACAAGUUAUUCAGAUAAUAUUUUUGCAUUUCGCUAAAAAUCGUUUCCAGUAUCUUGUUAAAGAAACUUAACCUAAAUCCACAGCAAGGUUUCAAUUUUAAACAAUGAGCAAUGCUGGUACUCAAAUCGAUCAGCCACCUCUUAGUUUUGAAAAUGCGCCCGAAAGUGACAGUGAGCUGAGAAAACGGUUGGCGAUAGAGACAAUAAUUACGCAAAGUAUUGACAAACGCAUUUCUCUCGAUGUACUUAUUAAAUUUUCCUUGUCAUCCCACGGUUUGGUAAAUGAUAAUAUACGAAGGGUUUUAUGGCCUCAGUUGGCAGGAGUGGAUGUAAACAAUUUACAGCCAGCUCCUUCUCUCGAUGCUUUGCAGAAUCAUCCUGAAUACAAUCAGGUUGUGCUAGAUGUAAAUCGGUCAUUAAAACGAUUUCCCCCGGGCAUUCCCUAUGAACAACGAAUUGCCCUUCAGGAUCAACUAACUGUACUUAUACUACGCGUUAUUAAAAAGUAUCCUAAUUUGCGUUACUACCAAGGCUAUCAUGAUGUUGCAGUAACAUUUUUGUUAGUUGCAGGAGAAGAAGUUGCUUAUGCCAUAAUGGAGCAGCUGUCUACAACGCAUUUUUCAGAAUGCAUGCAAGAAACAAUGGAAGCCACGCAAAGACGCCUUAUGUUUAUUUGGCCUGUCGUUAAGUUUGAAAACCCUGAACUUUAUACAUUUUUGCAAAAGUCUACGGUGGGCACUUUGUUUGCUUUGCCAUGGUAUUUGACCUGGUUUGGGCAUAGUUUAAAUUCCUACAAAUCCGUUGUCCGUUUAUAUGACUACUUCUUAGCGUCCCCCAUUUACACGCCUAUCUUUGUAACUGCCGCUAUUUUACUUUAUCGGUCUAAUGAAAUUUUGAAAGAGGAUUGCGAUAUGGCUUCCGUGCAUUGCCUCCUAUCCAGGCUUCCGGAAGAUUUACCAUUUGAAGAGCUUCUAAAAACUUCUAGUACUCUAUUUAAUAAGUACAGCUUAACAGUAAUAGAAAAAGAUGUUGAUGAAAUGAUCCGAAACGAGAACGAACAGCGGAAAGCAGAAGAAAAAAGAAUUUUGGAAAGGCGAAAAAAGACUUCCCGGCCUGUGACUGCUAGCAAAAGUUUGGGUUUAAUCCAAUGGCUCCCAAAUGUGUUAACCUCAAAGUCGGUACUUGUAACAACUGCUGUUUCUAUUGUUGUAGGUGUUUGUGCAUAUUAUUACAAGAAUCAGUAUUUAGCCGCAGGUAUAAGCUGAAAAUCAGCUGGUUGUUUUAGGAACAUUGGCUUUAUAUCACGAUUCAAACCAAUUUACCCCAAAAUGAGUUUUAUGGUUGAGGUUUCAUAUAAUUCAGCACUAUAAUUGAGGGAUAUAAAUAAAAAUAAUAAUUAAGCGCCUUUAAUUAUAUUGUAAGCAGAUACAUAUGUUUUAUUAAAUAAAAGUAAAGUUUUUGUUCAUAUAUAUGAUAAUGUAUUUUGAACUAAAUAUAUGUUAGUAUACUUUCCUAUAAUCAAUCACUCGUGAUCAAUAUAAAUGUUAUUAGGUCAUAUACAUACAUAUGUAUGUAUUUGUGUUCCAAAGUCUUCUUUGAAAUAUUUAAACAGAUCAACCGUUAUUGUGUUACUAAAAUGUAUCGAUUAAAAUGUAUAGAAUUAUUUUUAUUAUUAUUUUAUUUUAUUAUUAUUAAGUUAAAAAAAAAUACUGUUUUAAUAAAAUGUCUUAAAAACUUGUAUAUUAAAAUAAAAAUAAAAAAGUUCUAGAUGAAUUGCUAGGAUACCAUUCAAAAUUAA